AUGGUUUACUUUCGCCCUUACUUUCUGUAUUUUCUCUUUCGAUCUCCUUUAGUAACAUACCAAAGCGAGGGUUUAAUACCAGUUAAUCGUGGCAUAAGGCGACAAGGCGUGUCUUACGCCAAUUUUGCAGUCCAUAAAUUUCAGUAUCUUCAAGGAUCUCUGUUAGGUUCUUCCCGAGAAGUAGAUAAAUUUAGUGAUUGUGCUCUAGCGUGUCUGAAUAACCCAUCCUGCUUUUCAUUCAACCUUGGUUUGUUGUUGACAGCAAAGGGAAAGCUGCCUUGCGAACUGUUAACUGAUCACAAGUACAGAAAUGCGAGCAGAAUAUUCCCUUCACAGCAAUUUCAUCAUUACAGCAUCAAGGUAAAUAUAUUACUUUAGCUGCGUAUACCAAGGACAUAUAACAUUGUUCCAAGUGGAGGGGGGUGUUUGUUUGGGGAGGGUGACGAGUGCUGCAUUGAAGUAAGGAGGCUGAAAUGACUCUAUCUUAGUGAGUCUUUAUCUAUUUUGAAAAAAGUGGGGUGCUAACCCACCCCCGGUCCCCACCUGCUCCGCCGUCUUUGUAAACACAUUUGCUAGAUGGAGAGUGACAAGAGUUUUUUUUUUUUGCCUCGGGGACAUUUCAUGUUUAAACUAGUAUCCGAGGGCUGAUGACCAUCCCUGCAAAGCCUACACAUAAUAAUCACAAUUUCAAGGACAAGUACGAAUCGAGCCUGGUAUGCUGAUGUAAGAGUUAAAAUUGCGAAUGUAAUCUAAAAGACGCUUUUUCUUGUUAUCAUUUUCAAAUUCGUAUUCCUCUGAAUUUUAAGAGUUCAUUAUAUAAAUUAUGCAGUUUUAUAAUUGCACAUGAUUACAAGAGAUAUGUCAGUUAAUUAUCAUUUAAAUGGUACUACUUUCACAUGGUCAAAUUGGGUUUCAAAAGUUAAGGUUUCUUUUCUAUGAUAAAGAGGAUUUCUUAGAUCGAUUAAGCAAUCCAGAUAUUUUCCACGAAAUUUCUUCGGCAUGGUAAAUCUUUAAUCGUCUGAUUGUGUAGGGCGCGGUUGCGCAGGUGUUUACCAAUCGUCAAAUGUUUGUAUGAACUGAAAAAAGCUGUUGGCUUGUGUGCCCAUUGUACAGCUCAGAUCACAUUUGUAUUCGUAUACAAAGAAUUGUUGAUAAAUUAGGGGUGGUUUGGCCUUUGUAAUUUUGUCUUUACUUGUUAACGCUGGUCUCAGAUCACCGGUUUUUUUUCUUUCCAAGCUUUAGUUCGGAAAGCUGCAUUCGUUUGGAACGUCAGCUGUUCUUUAAUCUUUGAACAGAACAAUGAUACGAAUGGUUGCAUUUUUUAAUCGACACAAACUUCUUUUUGAUAUUGGGACUAAGGAUAUUUGGUUAGGGCAGGUGGCGGGAAUCGUUUCUUAUCUGGCAUUUGCACUUGCGUCGCAGACAGUCUUGAGUUCUCUAUCUAGGUAACAAGUCUGGUUGCAACGCAAGCUAGUAUUUACAUGGCUUUCAUAAUGGAGAAGGGCUGGGACAUUCACCGCCUUCUGGGUGAUCCGUCCGACAUUUUCUCUUUUUUUCGACGGAGAAUUAAAGGCCAUUCCAUGAUUGGGCUGGGUCACAGGCAGCCCAAUAUCGUUCUCGCUGAAUUGCAGCCUCUAAAGCAGAUUACACAUGCCGAUACCUUUUUCAACGCAAUGAUGAACAUGAGCAUUUGGCGAAUGGCAACACCUGCGCAUUGAGUGACGUUCACAAUCAGACGAAAGUACGAAAAAGGGAUGAGCUAAAAGUCUUUAAAUUGUAAGAGUGAAUCAAAUUUACAGCCUACAUUUGUAGAAAAAGGGAAGGAUGUACUUAAUAUUAUUACUUCAAAAUAACUUAGUCGCGGAGUCGCUGCCGCGGUGUCUGCGGUAUAGGUACUUCCUUGAUCGUUAAGUGUGGCGAUCACUUGCAAAAUUAUUUAUGACGCAAUGGUUCGACCUGAUAUGACUGAACAAUUCUCCCAACAAAACGACAUUCCAAAACACAGAAAGAUAAAAUAGAAUAAUUUACAACAUAUCAAUAUUAAAAAUUCAUGAAUAUAAUAUAUAAAAGCAUUAAAACGGAAUCAUUGAAUUCUACUUUAGGCACGAUGACAAAAUAAAAGUGUUCUUAAAACGGUCCGUCUUCCACUUUGGAAAUGGAAAGUGUCGGUGACUUAAUUGAUGUUAUUACCACUGCUAAAUAAUAACUCAGGCUUGUCUACCUACGUUGAUUUUGAUUUUACUAUCAGAAUAGUAAACAGAGGCAGUUUUUGAGAUUUUUAUAAACGUUUGUGUUAACCUAUGAAUUGGUAUUUUUUUGGUAGACACCAUGUUCAAGUAACCCAUGCAAAAACCCAGGAAUUUGUUUCCCAAAUUAUGAAGAGCAUAAUUACCGUUGUAUCUGCGCCCCAGGCUAUAGAGACCCUUAUUGCACGACAGGUUAGUAAAACGGCAGAAUAUUUUACUUAGAUCAGAUAAUAAGCUUAAAUUCUAUAAAAGGCGCCCUCAAUGAUACAGUGCCAUUCCAUGCCAUAACUUAACUGUAACUUUUUUCAGUUUUCCAUUACGGAUGAGGAGGAUUUUCCGACUCUAAACAUCCUGUAUUUAUAAGUGGUAGUUCCCAAAAACUUUGUCUAUGAUUAGAAGCUAAGACCCAGCUUAGUAAGAUCUCCCCUUAAUGCCGCUAUGGCGUCCAUAGAAGCAGAUUCCUUACGAGAAGUCUCACUUACGCCUUCACGCAAAAUCAUACAAAUUCUACUACCUACGCUUUUCCAGUGGCCAAUAACAGGUUUCAAAACUUAAUUAAUGAAAAUCUAAGGCGCAGAGAGAUUUUCCUUGGUUUUAGAUUGUUUUAUCUUUCUACUUGAUGAUGAAGUCAUGGUGGCAUCGAAACUUUAAACUCUUUUCGCUGGGUUUUAUUCUUCAGUGUUUAAUAAAAUUUAGUUUGAUUCUCAGAUACUGCUAUUGAAAUCUGAGGUUAAAUGGAUGGCUCUCUAAAAUUUCUAUGUGGUGAUAAGCCCUUUUGAUACCGAAAUGACGACUGUCAACAGUACUUAUAGAACCGCGAAAACAAUGAUUUGCUGCUACUGCAGCAAAUAACAGUGUUUGACAUGUUUGAAACUUGCUUUUGUUCCUGUUUAGCUUGCUUAGCUCCCCUGGGAAUGGAAAACGGUAGAAUAACAUCAGCGCAGCUGAACGCGUCAUCUCAGUAUAGUUGGUACAACUCUAUAAACCGCGCGAGGUUGAACAUCCAGGCGAACGUUAACGGCAGUGGGGCGUGGUCAGUGGCACAGAAUAACCAAAAUCAGUGGAUACAGGUUGACCUGCGAAUCAAGACACGCAUCACGUACGUAGCAACUCAAGGAAGGGCGGACGAUAUCCAGGAUCCUGACGAUGUGUCAUGGGUAAAGAAAUAUCGAUUGCGAUUCGGUGACGAUGGAAGUUCAUUCGAGGGUUUCAAGCAAGAGGGUGAAAGCGUCGACAAGGUAGGAUUAAGAUGCGACAAGAGAGGAAAAAGGAUAAGAGGGAAAGGUCCUUUAACCAGAAACAACUAACUCUUUUUCUCUUUUUUAUUCAGGUGUUUCCCGGCAACACUGACCAAGAGACAGUCGUGACAAAUGUUCUUAUUCCACCUAUAAAAGCACGAUACCUCAGGUUAAAACCAACUGAAUGGCAGCAUACCAUAUCCUUGAGGAUGGAGUUGUAUGGUUGUUUAGGUACAGUACUCUUUCAUGUCUUGGGGAAAGGCGCGUGUAUGACGUAGAACGCAGAUGAGGAAGAUAAGGAAGGAGCCUAAGGAGGCAGUAUCAUAAUUAUCCCAUGUUUUCGUAUGAACUAUAUUCUAAUUAUGAGGAUUCAAGGGAAAAAAAACUUUAACCCAUUGACGGUCGUGCUGGCCAAAACCGGCCGUAAAAGACUACCUACUUUAAAACCUUGCAACUUUCUCAAUUGCGUCAACAUUGCUUUAACUGUCAGUUGUGAGCAUUGAGUAAAAAGUCCUUCAAAUUGGGAUUUCCAAUUAUCUCCCCAAAAAGUCAGUGCUUUUUGCAAAAUAUUACCUUUUGAAUUUGGACAAGAAAAAAAUGACCUUUUUCAACGUCAUAGAAAAACGACGAAGAUCACGUUUUAUUGCCUUCAGGAUUUUUACAGAAAUCAUCGUUGCAAAACCAAAAGUCAACAUCACACUAAAAUUCAGUUCCUUGUUCUUACUUAGAAGUGACUUUUUUGUACUUAUUAGUUUCCCGGGCCGAGCUACAGCUUUUUGUUCUAGUGCAUCCUGGUCUUGUCUCGAUUUUCAACAUCAUUGCUAAAUUGCAUGCUGGGAAAUAGAUUUUUUGACAGCGUUCGUUCCUGCUCCCACUCUUUUCACAUUUAUCCCAAGUCCACAGCCACUCCGACCUAACAAGGAAAUUUCGCGCUUGUUGUAAUUCUCAGUGGUCCCAAAUUCAAAAAUAUGCCCUGGUAGGUCAAGAAAUUCGUCAGUAGUCGAGUCCCAAAGGUACUUCGUUUCGGCGCGGCCAUUUUUCCAGUUCCUCGAGCAACAAGCCAAAUUCACAAAAGCAGAAUAUUACCUUACUCGCUUCUUUAAGAAAGUGGACUGUUAGCUGUUGUUACGCUUACUGAUGCUCAUGAGGCAGCCAAUAAAGAUGAAAAAUGCUGUAAACUUACCAAAAAUCGCAUACCAACCAAACUGCAAUCGUUAUUAUAGCUCAACUUUGUCAGAAUAACGUUUGCAGAACACACGAGCCUUCAGUGCGUCAGAAAUGGUAACCUCAAAUACGGAGUCACGAAAUCCUAUGGAUUGUUUGUAUGUAGAAAAUCACUCGAAAACGUAAAAAGUGCUAGGCGUCACGUCAAUGAGUUAAUAAAUUCUCCAAGGAGCCACAAUCAAAGAUUCUUGAGCAAAAAAUUUCCCAGAUAACACUGAAAACCUUGAAAGUCCGACUUGAAAUCGUCGACCUGGGGUAUUCAAGUUUUUUCCACCUUUUUGUCCAGUUGCUGUUAUGGCUUGGCACUUUUAGCAGGCUCUACAUCUGGGUGAUACUACCCUUUUUAGGACAACUUCUCAUUUUGGUACCUACUGUCCACGCGUUCCGCGACUCGGAGACUCGGGAUUUUAAAAGAAUUGUUACACCAGGUAAUGUCUCAUGCAACUUUUGCGAGAGUUUUUCAAUAUAAAAUCCCUGGAAUGAAUGAAUAGCUGCAAAAAGCAGAGCUUCAAUCUUUCUGCAAAGGUUACUGCAACAAAAGUUUUGCGAGACAUGAUCGGAAGGUGUUACCACUGGCAAUAUUUCGCGGAAAGAGCGUCGGUAGAAACCUACACUAGCGUUAUUUUUAGGGGGCCUCCAUAAAUUGGAAACCUGUCGGUGCGACAUCAGCGUAGGCCUACCCGUACGUCCGUACGUAGACUAUCAGGGAGUGACUAAGUAAGAAGAGUUUUGCGUUUGUCUUGGCCAAUUUUUUAAAACCUGUUCGUUUAUAGGCAGCCAAUGGAGUUGUUCCACUGCAACUGUUUGGGCCAAAUAUUUAAACGAAGUCUAACUUUGGUGGGUUGUUUGAAGAUAAAUGCUUUUCUAGUCUUCUCUAUGUGCUUUCAUAAAACUGUUCACAAUAAAUGAUGUUUAGAUAAAAUCGUUGGGCAAAUUGUAAAUGAGUUAGAACGCGGUUUGGUAAAACACUGGCUAAACUACGUUUAAAUAUUUGGCCCUUUAAGUUUCUUUUGUUUGACUUACGACAAAAACCUUUGCAAGAUAUAUUUUGAAGGCUUUGCUUUUAGCUUGGUCACGCUUUUCGUAACGCUCCAGGAACCAAUCUAGUCUCAGAUUGCGUGCAUUUGCGUAAAAAUUUACAAAGUAUGUGCAACAUCUUGAUGAGUUUGUUUAUCGACAACUGAAACUUUGUGUUCUUUUAAUGUUGCCAUAACAUGAAAUACAGCUGCUAAUCAAGAUUCUGGUUUGAUGGUUUGUUUAGUUAUUUGUAGUUGAGGAAAGCGUUGCAUAAAGUCAACGCGAAUCAAUCACAGACGGCUGCGGUUUUGAAAGUUCACGCAGGCUUUCUCAGUAAAGGCAAUGCACAAUACCCAAACACGUACCGCACAGUUUAUGUAGGUUGUAGUAGAGAAAAAUGUUAAAUGAGUGAUUUGCUAAAAUUUUCUAUCAGAUGAUUUGUGAGGUAUAAAUGUAAAGGCUAAUUUACACAUAACUGUUCGUUUGGGCGCAAAACGAAAACACAUAACAAGCUUACAGUGAACACAAAAGUCGGCCCGAUUUUUCUUUUAGGACUUCCCAUUAAGAAAGAAAUUUUGACCCCAGAAACCGUAACCCGCAAAUUGCUGCUACCGCAGGGCUACAGAAACAGCAAUUUAAUGGCUGACCUAGAACUUCUCAAAGGGGUGUUGUGGGGGAUUCGGUGAUUUAGUUUGGAAAAAUUCUACUACAGUGAUCGAAGCUGAUGCAUAAUUAUCACUUUUUGCUUUAAACAUGCGUUUCUUAAGCUUUUGCUGGGAGAUUUUUUUUAUUUGUAUUUCAGAUGUGUUUGCGGGAUAAUACUUCGUAAAAGAGAGAUUGGGGGUCACGUUUAUUGUGAACUGCAAACGUCAGAUUCAAGUUGAAAAUUUCUCAGAAUAGAUAUAAGUAUAUUAAAAGAGGCUUCGCGUCUAGCCCUGGCGGAAUCUAUAUAUUAUUGUAUAUGUACACAUCCAACUCCGUCAGUGGGGCGUUGAACUGGUCUAUUUUGUUAUUCGUGUAUUAAAAUUGUGUCAGUUUAACUAAAGUUUACGGGGUUUUGGGAUUGUCCUCCCAAAUUGAAAUAUUCUGUCGAUCAUGAUGCGUGCGUGUUUUUCAUAUACAGAAGAGAUCCAAGCCCUUGGAAUGGAGAGCGGCGCUUUAGCUGACUCACAGAUAACAGCGUAUUCAGAAUAUGAUGCUUACCAUUCAACGAACCGAUCGAGAUUACAUACAAAGGAAAUAUCACCGCUGGAGAGAGGUGCAUGGUUGAGUUUGACGAACGAUGCAAACCAGUGGCUUCAGAUAGAUGUUGGUAAAGUCCUAAAUGUGACACACAUAGCUACGCAGGGAAGAAAUACCUACUCCCCUUUUCAAUAUGUAACAAAGUACAAGGUGCAGUAUAGCAACGAUGGACAGACGUUCCAGUUUUACAAGAGAGAGGGACAGCCUUCAGUUGAGGUAAGAAAAUUCUGUUUUACUUCAUGA